AUGGCCAGGUCCACCAACAGAAGAUGCCAAUAUGUCAAAAGAAGUCUAAGUUCAAUCUCCAGAAAGCAGUCACAUUGUUCCAGCAUCAACUUUGGCCAUAGAAAUUAUUCUCGCUACAUAAGCAGGGUCCUGAAGGAAGUUGUCCCCCAGAGAGGCAUGUCAUCUCAUUCCGUGGACAUUGUAAACAUCCUGAUCAAUGACAUCUUUGAACGCAUUGCUACAGAAGCCUGCCAGCUGAUGUACCGCAAAAAGCGCUGUACCCUCACCCCAGAAGACAUCCAGAAGGCAGUGUAUCUGCUGUUGCCCAGGAAGCUGGCAAAGUUUGCAGUGACUUUUGGAAAUGAAGCAGUCCGCAGAUUCAUCCUUUCCUAA